GAUGUGUUAAAAGAGAGGGGUGCUCUGGAUUGGGGUGGGAGGAAAAGGAAGGGGAAGGGGAAGAAAUUAACUGCCCGGGAAUCCAGUAUGAAAAUAAAGAAAAGGUGCAUUUCAACGAACUAAAUGCAGCACAAAUAAUGCUGUGCUUUUAAGGAGCAUCCGGACUUGCAGAAAAAUAGCAUGAAUGUUUGAUCAAAACUCACUUGCAUAGAACCAAACCAGACAGUUACAGAGAUGCAGAUGACAGACUCAAUAAUUCCUCUGUAGAACUGUAUUAGCAGCUCCUUGGGCAGUUUGAGCACCCGGACUUGCAGAAAAAUAACAUGAAUGUUUGAUCAAAACUCACUUGAAGAGGCUCAUUGGUGAACAUCUUCUGUUGCCCAUCUGGUUCCAUGACACUGAGGUACCAGCGCCGCUUAUGGCGCUACGUGGAACGCGGCCGCCGUCACAAGUUGCACAGGCUCCUGAGGCAUCACAGAGAAGUCUUGGACCUGGGCGAAACGAAGGGGCACAAAAACCAGACACCCUUGCACCGAUGCUGUGCCCUCCUGGACCACAAAGCUGCCAUCCUUUUGUUGAAGUACGGGGCAGACCCCUCUCUCCCAGACCACCGUGGGGACACAGCUCUGCAUUUGGCUGCCCGGCACGUAGCACGUGGAGGAGAUCGUGUGUAUGAAAAUCUGUUUAUACCUUUGCGAAUCCACUGUCCAUCUGCCAUGAGCAUCAAGAAUAGAGCUGGGAAGACCCCGGGAGAUCUCUUGAACACAGCAGCAGAAGAGAAAUGGUGCCCUGAGGAAACACUUGAGGAAAAUGAGGCUGAAUGUGAGGCUGAGAGAGAGUGGAGACGCAAGCUUCUCAAUGAAUACGAGGAUGAGUUUCAAGAGACCCCAUGGCAGCAUGAAGAAGAUUUCUCCACUGGUCCCAACUCAGAAACGUUCGAGGAAUGGAGUGAUCGCAUACACCGAGAAUAUGGGCAAAAACGUAGGCGAGAAGAGGAACAGCGUCACCGGAGGCCUAAAAAAGAACCUCCAAAGUCUUCCGUUCAACUCCAGCGCUUCCUGGAACAAGAGCAUCUGGAGUACCUAAAACGUGCCCAAGCCAAGGAGGAAGAGGUUCAAGCAGCCAAGAGAAGACGUUACGAGGAAGGCUGCAGCCAUGUCUUCUCCUCAGACAGUUCACGUCCAUUGUGUUACAAGGACAUUCCCUGGCCAAGCUCGACUGGGACUCCUGAGGAAAUGGCCGCCGCAGCCCUUCGUGGCGUAGAUCCUUCAGACAAAAGCGCAUAUCGGCGCUUCCUUCGGCGUCAGCAGGCUUUGUGGCAUCCGGAUAAGUUUGCACAACGUUGCGGCACACGUUUGGCUGAACAGGAUCGCCGUCAGAUCUUGGACACUGUCACAGCGUUGUCCCAAGCUUUCAACCGCUUAGCUGAAGCAGCCAAAUAAACCUUGCUGCUUGUCGACAUCAGUAUUUCUCGGCCUCCAGUACUUCAAGAUGUGUGGACUUCAACUCCCAGAAUUCCAUUCGGCAUGUCAGCUGGGGGAUUCUGGGAGUUGAAGUUCACACAUCUUAGGCUGAGAAACACUGGUCUGCAUGACUGAAAUGUGUUAGGAUACUUGAACAGAGAGAAGAUGUCCUGUUUUCUUGCCCUGUUUAUAAAACAAAACUAUAAACAAAACUAUAAACUCUUGCUUUUGAAUGUCUUAGGGCAGACUGAGUAACUUCAGUAGAUUUUUUAAAAAGAGAUUCUUUCUUGAGGGCAAUUAUGUGUGAACACAUGCAUACCCCGUGGUUGAGUUUCAUAUGUAAGCCAGAUCAAUAUGGCUUUGUUAAAAAAUCAUUUUAAAAAUAUGGCUCAGCACAUUCAGCCUGCCCCAGUCUUCUCCACAUCGAUUUCUUGAUUUGAACCUCAGCCAGUGAAAAUAUGAUGCCCACUAGCUGUGUUGUCAUUUGAUCUUACAAACCACACUUGCCAAGUUCCUUAUCUUCCAUGAGAGAACUGAGUUAGAGAUUAGAAUUUAAACUCCAAUAGUUCAGCUUCCUCACUCGAUGAGAGCCCCAAUUGAUUAGUCCAGGCCAGGAAACCAGGCUAAAACUUCAUUUGUCCUAACUGGCUAUCCAGAUAGUUCUCGAGUUAUUAUCAUAAUGGAGCCUGCCUACCACAGUUGUAACUCGUGAUGGUUGUGAAACUGGUGGGUGGCCCAGUUUUACCACCUUUUUUUGAGGCAGUGGUUAAACGAAUCAGGAUGGUCUUUAAGCAAAACUGCAGUUGUUAAUUGAACCAGUGGUUCACCGUGGGUGUGAUUUUGCAGCAUAACCAUAAGUUAAAUGCCAUUUUGAACAAAAAGUUCAUAAAACAUGAUCACGUGAUGAUGGGAUACUAAAAAAUGGCCAUAAACGCAGCUCAAAUUGCCAAGUGCCCAAAGUGUUCAUGUGAUCAUGUGACAUUUCCAGACUUUAAAAAAUCAUUCAGCCUAGUUAAUUAGGCAACAGACUGCACCUUCAUUGGGAUCACUUAGAACUUAGAAUAACUUUAUUGUCACUUUGAAUGUACGCUAAUCGGCAUACAUUAAAAUGAAAUUUCGUUGCAUGCAGCUCUCAAAGGGUCACCACCUCCAAUAUAUGCACUACAUAAACCUGACAAGAUGAAAAAAUAAAUGAAUACAAAAUUA